CAGACACAAAAGGCGGUUUAUUUUGGUUUUAGGUUAAAAUCUAAAAAUAUCCAACGGGUUUUCUGUUUCCUUAACUCUUCACCCUUGAGCGAAUCAUUGUUCGUUCAGCAGUAACCGGCUACGACUACGAUAUACAUCUCUCAUUUCAGAAAAUUUCACGGCAUUAAUUUUUGUAAAGGUCAUGCUCGAAACCUGAACAUUUCCCCCAAGAACAGUCAAGGUAAAUGUCGAAUCUGGGAGGAGGUGCAGAAGCACAUGCAAGAUUUAAGCAAUAUGAAUACAGGGCGAAUUCGAGUCUAGUUCUCACCACAGAUUCACGCCCUAGGGAUACCCAUGAGCCCACUGGGGAGCCAGAGUCUCUUUACGGUAAAAUUGACCCAAAAUCAUUUGGUGACCGUGCUGCCAGGGGAAGACCUCCUGAGCUUGAUGAGAAGCUGAAGAAAUCUUCAAAGCGGAAAAAGGAGAGGGAGUUACUCUCUGAGCAGGCACCCUCAAGGCAGAGCAAAAAGAGCCGUCUUCAGGUGGAGAGUGUUCUGAAUGUUGCUGAAGAAGGUAUUUAUCAGCCAAAAACAAAGGAAACUCGAGCUGCAUAUGAGACUAUGUUAAGUAUCAUUCAGCAGCAGUUGGGAGGGCAGCCACUCAACAUUGUCAGUGCUGCAGCUGAUGAGAUUUUGGCUGUUCUAAAAAAUGAUGCUAUCAAGCACACGGAUAAAAAGAAGGAGAUUGAGAAGCUAGUGAAUUCUAUUUCUCCUUCUGUGUUUGAUAGCCUAGUUAACUCCGGUAAGUUGAUUACUGACUAUCAAGAGGGUGGUGAUGCAGCUCCAUCAGCAAAUGGGGAUGGUCUUGAUAAUGAAGUGGGUGUUGCAGUGGAAUUUGAGGAAAAUGAUGAUGAUGAUGAUGAUAGUGAUUUAGGUUCGGUACAGGAUGAGGAGGAGGAGGAUGAAGAUCUUGCUGAAGCGCGUUCUUCAGAGGUUAUGCAAAUGGGAGGUGUUGGUGAUGAAGAAAUGCCAGAUGCAGAUGAGGGUAUGAACCUGAAUGUUCAAGAUAUUGAUGCAUAUUGGCUUCAGAGGAAAAUUUCUCAAGCCUAUGAUCAGCAGAUUGAUCCACAGCAGUGUCAAAAUCUUGCUGAAGAGGCUCUAAAGUUGCUUGCUGAAGGGGAAGAUAGGGAUGUUGAGAAUACACUUCUGAAUCGCCUUGACUAUGAUAGGUUUAGUCUUGUCAGGUUCCUUGUGCGGAAUAGGCGAAAGAUUGUGUGGUGUACCCGUCUGGCGCGAGCUGAAGAUCAGGAGGAGCGGAGAAGGAUUGAAGAAGAAAUGAUGGAAUCUGGUGCAGAUUUGGCUCCCAUAUUGGCGCAGCUGCAUGCUACGAGGGCUACUGCCAAGGAGAGGCAGAAGAAUCUGGAAAAGAGUAUAAGAGAAGAGGCUCGUCGUGUGAAGGAUGAGAAUGUUGUGGAUGAAGAUCGAGGGAGAAGAGGAUUGACUGAUAGAGAUGGUGAUAGUGGUUGGUUGAAUGGGCAGCGCCAAGUGCUUGAUCUGGAGUCCCUUGCUUUUCAACAGGGUGGCCGUUUCAUGGCAAACAAGAAGACAACUCUGCCGGAUGGAUCUUUCCGGAAACCGGCUAAAGGAUAUGAGGAAGUUCAUAUUCCUGCGUUGAAAGCUAAACCACUGGAGAAAGGUGAAGAACUGGUGAAGAUUUCUGCAAUGCCAGAUUGGGCGCAACCAGCUUUCCAGAACAUGUCACAGCUGAAUAGGGUCCAAAGCAAAGUCUACCAAAGUGCACUCUUCUCGGCUGAAAAUAUUCUUCUCUGUGCUCCCACUGGUGCGGGGAAGACGAAUGUUGCUGUCCUUACGAUAUUGCAGCAGAUUGCCUUGAAUAGGGCACCAGAUGGCUCAUUUGACCACAGUAGUUAUAAGAUUGUGUAUGUGGCUCCAAUGAAAGCUCUUGUAGCAGAAGUGGUUGGGAAUUUGUCAAACCGGUUACAACAUUAUGGUGUGAAUGUUAAGGAGUUGAGUGGAGAUCAGACAUUAACCCGGCAACAGAUUGAUGAAACUCAGAUAAUUGUCACAACUCCUGAGAAAUGGGAUAUCAUAACAAGGAAGUCAGGGGAUCGAACAUAUACUCAACUUGUCAAACUUCUUAUUAUUGAUGAGAUACAUCUGCUCCAUGACAACAGAGGUCCUGUGCUGGAAAGUAUAGUUGCAAGGACUGUUAGGCAAAUCGAAACAACAAAAGAGAAUAUCCGUUUAGUGGGGUUAUCAGCCACCCUACCUAAUUAUGAGGAUGUUGCGUUGUUCUUGAGGGUUAAUGUUAAGAAGGGGCUGUUCUACUUUGACAACAGCUAUAGACCUUGCCCACUUGCACAACAGUAUAUUGGAAUCAGUGUUAAAAAGCCACUACAGAGGUUUCAGUUAAUGAAUGACAUUUGCUAUGAAAAGGUGAUGGCUGUGGCGGGUAAACACCAGGUUCUUGUUUUUGUCCACUCAAGGAAAGAGACAUCAAAGACUGCCCGUGCGAUAAGGGAUACAGCAUUGGCAAAUGAUACCCUUAGUAGAUUUUUGAAAGAGGAUAGUGCAAGUCGUGAGAUUCUUAACGAUCAUACUGAACUGGUCAGGAGUUCUGAACUUAAAGACCUGUUACCUUAUGGAUUUGCCAUACAUCAUGCUGGUAUGGAAAGGAGUGAUCGCCAGCUUGUGGAAGACUUGUUCGAUGAUAAGCAUGUGCAAGUCCUAGUUUCUACGGCAACCCUUGCUUGGGGUGUCAAUCUGCCUGCACACACUGUGAUUAUAAAGGGAACCCAAAUUUAUAACCCUGAAAAGGGAGCUUGGACGGAACUAAGCCCUCUGGAUGUCAUGCAGAUGCUUGGGCGUGCUGGUAGACCACAGUAUGAUACUUAUGGAGAGGGCAUAAUCAUUACUGGCAAUACUGAGUUGCAAUUUUAUUUGUCUCUGAUGAAUCAACAACUUCCUAUUGAAAGUCAGUUUAUUUCAAAGUUGGCUGAUCAACUGAAUGCAGAAAUUGUUCUUGGUACUGUGCAAAAUGCUAGAGAAGCCCUCAAUUGGAUUGGUUACACAUACUUGUACGUUCGGAUGUUACGUAAUCCAACCCUUUAUGGAUUAACAGCAGAUGUGCUGAGUCGAGAUAUGACAUUGGAAGAAAGGAGAAGUGACCUAAUUCAUUCGGCAGCAACUAUUUUGGACAAGAAUAACUUGAUAAAAUAUGAUCGGAAGAGUGGUUACUUCCAGGUCACUGACUUGGGAAGGAUUGCUAGCUAUUACUACAUCACACAUGGGACAAUUUCUACUUACAAUGAGUAUUUGAAGCCAACAAUGGGUGACAUUGAGCUCUGUCGAUUAUUCUCCCUCAGUGAGGAAUUCAAAUAUGUGACAGUUAGGCAAGAUGAGAAGGUGGAAUUGGCGAAGCUUUUGGAACGUGUCCCGAUUCCUAUUAAAGAGAGCUUGGAAGAGCCCAGUGCUAAAAUCAACGUUUUAUUUCAAGCAUAUAUCUCUCAGUUGAAGCUUGAAGGCCUUUCUCUGACAUCAGACAUGGUUUAUGUUACUCAGAGUGCAGCACGUCUUAUAAGAGCACUUUUUGAGAUAGUCUUGAAGAGAGGAUGGGCUCAAUUGGCUGAGAAAGCAUUGAACUUGUGCAAAAUGGUCCAGAAGAGAAUGUGGAGUGUUCAGACACCACUUCGCCAGUUCACUGGUAUACCUAAUGACACUCUGAUGAAACUAGAGAAGAAGGAGCUGGCGUGGGAGAGGUAUUAUGAUCUCUCUUCUCAAGAACUUGGGGAGCUUAUAAGACAACCAAAGAUGGGGAGGACACUUCAUAAAUUUAUUCACCAGUUUCCAAAGCUUAACCUUGCUGCACAUGUGCAGCCAAUUACCCGGUCUGUCCUCGGUGUGGAGCUUACAAUUACGCCUGAUUUCCAAUGGGAUGACAAGGUUCAUGGAUAUGUGGAGCCCUUUUGGGUUAUUGUGGAGGAUAAUGACGGUGAAUACAUUCUUCAUCAUGAGUAUUUCAUGCUGAAGAAGCAAUAUAUUGAUGAGGACCAUACCCUUAAUUUCACUGUACCGAUUUCUGAGCCUCUGCCUCCACAGUAUUUUAUUCUUGUUGUUUCUGAUAGAUGGUUGGGAUCACAGACUGUUUUGCCUGUUUCUUUUAGGCAUCUUAUUUUGCCUGAGAAGUAUCCUCCCCCAACUGAAUUGUUGGACUUGCAACCUUUGCCUGUGACUGCAUUGAGAAAUCCGUCAUAUGAAGCUCUUUAUCAAGAAUUUAGGCAUUUCAAUCCUGUUCAAACACAGGUUUUCACAGUUCUGUACAAUUCAGAUGACAAUGUUUUAGUAGCAGCGCCUACUGGUAGUGGAAAGACUAUAUGUGCUGAGUUUGCUAUAUUGAGAAAUCACCAAAAGGGUCCUGAUAGCAUUAUGCGCGUUGUCUAUAUAGCACCUAUUGAAGCUCUUGCUAAGGAGCGUUAUCGUGAUUGGGAGAGGAAGUUUGGUAGAGGACUUGGUUUGCGAGUGGUGGAACUUACUGGUGAAACUGCAACUGACCUGAAGUUACUUGAGAAAGGGCAGAUAAUAAUUAGUACUCCAGAGAAAUGGGAUGCCUUGUCUCGAAGAUGGAAGCAAAGGAAAUAUGUUCAGCAAGUUAGCCUUGUAAUAGUUGAUGAGCUCCAUUUAAUUGGUGGUCAAGGUGGCCCUGUGUUGGAGGUAAUCGUCUCAAGGAUGAGAUACAUUGCAAGUCAAGUGGAGAACAAAAUUCGCAUUGUUGCUUUAUCAACUUCUCUUGCUAAUGCGAAGGAUCUUGGUGAAUGGAUAGGUGCCACUUCGCAUGGUCUGUUCAAUUUUCCGCCAGGCGUUCGCCCUGUGCCUUUAGAGAUUCACAUCCAGGGAGUAGAUAUUGCUAAUUUUGAGGCAAGAAUGCAGGCUAUGACCAAGCCAACCUAUACUGCUAUUUCAUUACAUGCAAAAAAUGGGAAACCUGCUGUGGUGUAUGUUCCGACACGGAAGCAUGCCUCACUCACUGCAGUUGAUCUGGUUACAUAUGCUGGUGCAGACAGCGGAGAGAAGCCUAUAUUUUUACUGCACUCAUUGGAGGAGCUGCAGCCAUUUGCUGAUAAGAUCAAAGAUUCGACUCUAAGGACCACUCUUUGCUAUGGUGUGGGUUUUUUGCAUGAAGGAUUAGUUAGUACUGAUAAAGAGAUUGUUUCGCAGUUGUUUGAAGCUGGAUGGAUCCAAGUUUGUGUUAUGACAAGUUCUAUGUGUUGGGGAGUGCCUUUGUUGGCCCAUUUAGUGGUUGUCAUGGGAACUCAGUACUAUGAUGGGAGAGAAAAUGCACAUACCGACUAUCCUGUCACUGAUCUGUUGCAGAUGAUGGGUCAUGCUAGUAGGCCUUUGGUAGAUAAAUCUGGAAAGUGUGUUAUCCUUUGCCAUGCUCCACGAAAGGAAUACUACAAGAAAUUCUUGUAUGAAGCAUUCCCUGUUGAAAGUCAUUUACACCACUAUCUACAUGACAAUCUGAAUGCAGAAAUUGUAGUUGGAGUAGUAGAGAAUAAGCAAGAUGCUGUGGAUUAUCUCACUUGGACAUUUAUGUACAGGAGGCUUACACAGAAUCCCAAUUACUACAAUCUUCAGGGUGUGAGCCACAGGCAUCUAUCAGAUUAUCUCUCAGAGCUGGUGGAGAACACACUGAGUGAUCUUGAAGCAAGUAAAUGCGUGUCUAUUGAAGAUGACAUGGAUCUCUCUCCUUUGAAUCUUGGCAUGAUUGCAUCAUAUUAUUACAUCAGUUACACCACAAUUGAACGUUUCAGUUCUUCCUUGACUUCGAAAACUAAGUUGAAGGGUCUCUUGGAGAUUCUGGCCUCCGCAUCCGAGUAUUCCCAACUGCCAGUUCGGCCUGGGGAGGAAGAUCUGAUUCGCAAGUUGAUUCAUCACCAAAGAUUCUCUGUUGAGAAUCCAAAGUACGCUGAUCCACAUAUAAAAGCCAAUGUGUUGCUGCAAGCCCACUUUUCGAGGCAUCCAGUUGGUGGUAAUUUGGCUGCUGAUCAGCGCGAGGUGCUCCUUUCAGCUAGCAGGCUACUUCAAGCGAUGGUCGAUGUUAUUUCCAGCAAUGGUUGGCUGAAUCUUGCUCUUCUUGCUAUGGAAGUAAGCCAGAUGGUGACACAGGGUAUGUGGGAGCGAGACUCCAUGCUAUUACAGCUGCCACAUUUCACGAAAGAGCUUGCUAAGCGAUGCCAAGAGAACCCAGGAAAACCCAUUGAGACGGUCUUUGACCUUGUGGAAAUGGAGGAUGAUGAAAGGCGAGAGCUUUUACAGAUGUCUGAUUCUCAGUUGCUCGAUAUAGCACGAUUCUGUAAUCGUUUUCCGAACAUUGAUAUGACUUAUGAGGUAGUUGAUAGUGACAACAUUGGUGCUGGUGAAGAUAUCACAUUAGUGGUUUCCCUUGAACGGGAUCUUGAAGGGAGGUCAGAAGUGGGUCCUGUUGAUGCUCUUAGAUACCCGAAAUCUAAAGAAGAAGGUUGGUGGUUGGUUGUGGGCGACACAAAGACCAAUCAACUGCUUGCUAUUAAGCGGGUGACCUUGCAGCGGAAAUCAAAAGUCAAGCUUGAUUUCGUUGCACCUUCUGAUGUUGGAAAGAAGACUUACACAUUGUAUUUUAUGUGCGACUCAUAUUUGGGGUGUGACCAGGAAUACAAUUUUGCGCUUGAUGUCAAAGAGGCUGGAGCGGCUGAUGAUGAUAGUGGAAAAGAGUGAUGUUUUUACAAUGGCUGUCUGAGUACCCGUUAGUGGUGCAGCCUGCUGCCUGCCCAUCAUUUACGAUUACAGCAACUAAGGAUUUUUGCCGCUCUCUUGCUGCAUCUGAAGUCAUAUAAACAGUCGGGUGAUGCUGUAUAGCCUCUAUUCGUGCCAAUUUGUACUCUAUGGCUCUGCUACCCUGCUUGUGGAAAUUGUUCUUUUAAAUGAUUUUCCCCUAUCGAAUCUACUUCAGAAUAUUUCGGUUCGGGAUGUUUAGUAGACUUGGACAACUUUAUAAUGUUAUGGCAAGAGCAGCAAAUAGAUCAUGGCUUUGAGACUAAAGUUUUUGUGUUUGUUUAGAAUUUAAGUUGUAACUUGUAAACUGUCCUUGUUUAUAGCAACCUUUUCACGAAGGUGACUUUGGUUCAAAUUGGUAUUGGUAUCUAUCUAUUAAUUUUGCUUUACUGG